GGCGCAGCUCGCGCCGCCAUUCUGGAUAUUUUGACGGGAAGGUCGGUCACGUGACGCGCCUCGCGGGGGCAGCGGCGCGGGGGCCGCGGGCCGGCUAGACUCUCCAGUAGCCGAGCCAUCCGUCUGCUGCUUUGACUGCGGCCGGUCGCCGGAAUCCACGCCCCCGUCUCAGCCGCCCGCAUCUAUUACGUACCAUUUCGUUUAGCUUUUCGAGUGCAUUAACGACGCGAUUAGAGAAUUACGAGGUCGCGAAGCGGACGAGCGACGUGUGCUACACGAAUAUAGAGCUCGAACGGCUCAUAAAUACGAAAUGUGAAGAGUUUAUUUGCGUAUUUUUGCACGGGUGUGCGUUCGGCGACGGGGCGGAGACGCCGGCGCGGGGCGCGCUCGCCCGGUCGCGACGGCUCACUCGCAGACAUGUCUCGGCCGCGGACGGAGCGCGGCGCGGCCGGCGCGACCCGCGCGGUAGUGUAACAUGCGCACAGUCCGCGGACCAUGGAUGUGGUGACUCCUCACAUAACGUCAGUGCUGAAGACGUUCCAGGCGCACGCGCCGCGGAGCCUGCAGGGCCCGGGCGGGCAGGCGGGCCGGCCGGCGCGGAGCCCGCCGCCGCCGCCGCCGCAGCCCGCCGCGCCGCCCAUCCUGCUGGCGCCCGACCGCGUGCGCGGCGAGCGCGGCGAGACGCUGCUCGAGGGCGAGCCCAUCUCCUGCUUCAGCGUGGGCGGCGAGCGGCGCCUCUGCCUGCCGCAGAUCCUCACCUCCGUGCUGACGGACUUCACUUUGGAACAGAUUAAUAGAGUGUGUGAUGAGCUGCAGAUCUACUGCUCGCGCUGUACCCCGGAGCAGCUUCACGAGUUGAAAUCGACUAGUGUGUUGCCUUGCUCGGCGCCUUCCUGCGGUCUGAUCACGCAGACUGACGCGGAGCGGCUGUGUGCGGCUUUGCUUCAUACCCCGCAAGGCUCCCGGCCGCAUAAACUAUGUGGGUAUCGCGUCUACCAUGAGUGCUUUGGCGGCAGCCGCGGGGUGUUUUCGGCCGAGUUAAACCUAGUGCAAUGUUUAGAGUGCCGUGCUAUGUACAGUCCGCGGCGGUUCGUCUGCCAUUCGCACGCCACGGAGAACCGAACGUGCCACUGGGGUUUUGACUCUGCGCGGUGGCGGCGGUUUAUGCUAGUGGCAGAUGAGGAGCAGGAUAAGGAGAAGUGUGCCGCGUUGCUGGACGCUUUGGAUGUCGACGAGCCGCAGAUCGUCGUUCCUCUUAAGCUCGCUUUGAAGCGAAAACAGGUCGUGGAGGCGGUGGUCUUCAAGCCCGAGCCUCCAGAGUCACCGCCGAAGAAGGCGCGGGGCGACGACUACGGCUACGCCCUCUGCGUCGACCCCUACCUCCACUACAGAGCCCUCUCCGCCUUCCGACCCUGGGGCAAGCGGGAGCCCGUCCUACAGCACCCGGAGCGUGUCGUCCGCGUCGCCGACUGCACCAGGUUCGAGCGCGACUUCCAACCCAACGUGGCCCUCAAACCUCACACCCCCCCGGCCGACGACGUCACGUCUUCCACCUCCCCGCCUCCCCAUUCCGAUCCCGAACUCACCGCCAGGCUGCUCGACGCUGAAGCUAGGCUGGCAGAACUAGCCCGGCAGCUAGAUGAGAGAGAAUCGGAGCUGAUACGCAGGGAAGCGCACCUGGAUGCCAGAGAAGCCGAGCUCGCCAGACGCGAGAGCUUCGCCAAGCCCAGGCCUCACGCUUCGCCGACCAAGGAGGACCCGCCCUGUUGACCGAUGACAGUCAUAACCAGGCUCUACUCCUACUGACGCGACGCGUCUCCAAAGUACAAAAGAUUCGCUUAAAUAAGCGCUUGUAAAUAUCCUUCUGGGACUGACCCGCUCUUUAUACUUUAUACUCUUACAUUUUUUGUAGGUACAGUAGUUGAGGCGGUUUACCACUGGACACUUUCUGAUGUACAUAAUCAUAUCAAGUACAGUUUUCUGAAGUUAUUUAAGUUAUUUUUGUACACUAUAUUGUACACUUGUAGUUUCUUCGUCGUGCCAUCUGCAAGGUACCU